GCAAAUCAGGAGCAGGGCAAAUCUGGAGAAAUUACAAAGGGGAGGAGUUCACCUUCCUGCUAUGGCUUUCAGGUCUGUCCUGGACUUCUUACUCCAGUAUAAAACUGAGAGCAGAAAUAUGAUCACAUCCUGAGGAGCCUAAUCAAUUCUGGUGUCAACACUCAGCCUAUUUAAAAUAGAGAAUGGGAUUGCUGUGCCUUGCUCUGCUCUGCCUGCACAUUCUCAAGACAGAGGCAGUAGUGGGCCACUGGUGCUAUCGGUCGCAGAAGUGUGAGCAGCCACAGUGUGAAGAUCCUCCUCAGUGGCACCAGGUCAGCGCGGCGUGCAGCGGGAACAGACAGUCCCCUGUCAACAUUGUCACCCGAAAUGUGGUCCAGGACAGGAGCCUGCAGCCCCUGACUUUUGAAGGGUACGAUGUGAAGGACUCUGCCAAGUGGGCCCUGGAAAACAACGGCCACACAGUUAAAGUGGCGCUAAGCGCAUCCCCUAAAGUGGGAGGAGGAGGCCUGAGGAGAAAGUACAAGGCAGUAGAAUUCCAUUUGCACUGGGGAGUCCCAGGCGAGCCACAGAACAUCCCUGGCUCAGAGCACAGCAUAGAUGGAGAGAAAUACCCCAUGGAGCUUCACAUCGUCCACAUAAGAGAAGAUGCUUCAGAUGUGACAGAAGCCAAGAGAACUCCAGAUGGUUUGGCUGUUUUGGCCUUCUUUGUCAAGGCUGACGAAGAAAAUAAAAACUAUGCAACUCUAUUGAGUAAAUUAGAGAAUAUUAAAUACAAAGGGCAAUCAGUGCAGGUGGAUGCUUUGCCACUGAGUUCCCUUCUCCCACCUGAGGAAGACCUGGGCAGGUACUAUCGCUACGAGGGGUCCCUCACCAGCCCUGACUGCUACGAGGGCGUCACCUGGACGGUGUUUGAGAAGCCAGUGGAGCUCAGCCUGCCCCAGCUUUCCCAGUUCGCAGUACUGCACUUUGAUGGGAAGAACUCCACUCCCAUGACGGAGAAUUUCCGGCCAGCUCAGCCCCUGAACGGGCGCAAGGUGCUGUGGUCGGGUGCCGGCGUCGCCCUGCCCACGGCAAAGCUGCUGCUGCUGCCCCUGGCUCUGACCUGCACCCUCAGCUCUCUGUCCCACUGAGCCUCCCCCACCUCACCCAACAUCCCGGGCUUUUAUUUGUUGUUAUUUUUUGCUGUUCUUUGUCUCAGCCUCUCCAUGGAUUGUGUCCCAAUACAGAAUAGCCUUGUCCUCCUCCAGACACCGACCAAGGACUUCUGUGCCGCUCUGGUGAAACCCAAACCACCAGAACUCAAAGGAACUGGGAGAUAAAGCAGUGAAAAUUCAAUUUUAAAAGCCAGUACACUUAGAGAAAGCGUUAGUCUGGGUUAUCCUGUAGUUUGAACCCAGCACUGGAAGGAGCUGCACAGAGAACCUUGGAAAGGAAUCUGUCCUUAAGUGCCUGUGAAGGGGUUGGUUUGGAGCACGUUCAACGCUGCAGCAAGUCUGGCAGUGAAAUGUGGAGCAAUUCCUACAAUCCCACACUGUCCUACCUGAAGGUACAACACAGAGCAGAGAUAAAAUGCUCACACACAACCGAGCAGCACCUGGCUCACCCCCUCCAGGGAAGGGCACCCACCCAACACACAAAUCCCCCUCCUUCCUCCCGAAUAUCGCAGUUCAUUUCAGAUAAGGACACGGGAUUCCUUCCCUGCGGGGGGCUCUCAGGUUCCUCUGUUAUUUAUUCAUCCUUCUCCGGGAUGCCAUGGCCAAUGCGAUGUGCUGGGCAAGCAGCAGGGAGGCUGAUCCUCACGGACCAGAGGCACAUCUGUGGAAAUUCCCUCUCUUUGGAGGGCUCCUUUUGAAGCAGGAGACUCUGAUGAUCCUUUGUAGUUGUUAUUUGCCUAAUAAAAUAGGACAGCUCAAGGAAUGGCUCUUUCUUAUAUAUAAAUAUAUAUAUAUAUUUCUUUUAUAUACAUAGUUUUUCUAUAGUAACCUACCUGCAAUAUUCACAUACGGUCAGGAUUCAUGGUUUUUCCCAAGAAGUUUGUAGUUUGAACCAGUUCCUUCAGAUCUUACCCAAUUACUUAUAGAAAAUAUGUUGGGAAAUGGGCUUUCCUUAUAUUAUUCCAGUUCACUCUCUCUGAAGAGGGAUAUAACAUUUCCCUUUGGCUAUGUAACAUGUUACAGCUUCUUUUAGGAUUUUAGAUUUUGGCCGCACCAAAAUAGGAUUUCAUAUUAGCAGAUUUGUAUUUAUUUUCCUUUAAGGGCAGUGUUUGCAGAGAUGACUUUAUAUAUUUUCAGGAAAAUCCUGACAGUGAGAGCAACCACACCUCACCAAAAGGGGGGAAAUUAUUUUCAUAUUAAUCAAUCAGUAAAGCUUUAAAAGAAACCAAAAAAACCCAGAGGGGAAAGCAAAUGAACCUAUUUAAGUUUAAAUGAAAGAUUAAUACUUUAACUGUAUUUUUAUGUGACUGAAAAAUCUUUGAAAGAACAAACAGAAAUGAAAUAUUAAAG